AUGUCUCUCGCCAACGACAAAUUUCCCUCCUCGGCCGCCUUUGACGCGAUCAACCAGGCCAUCUCUGCUUCCGACGCCGACCGCAAGGAGGCCAUCAAGGCCGGCAACGCCGUUUUCGCCUUUGUGCUCAAGAACAAGGCUGGCGAGACGGACGAGUGGCACAUUGAUCUUAAGAACAAGGGGGCUGUUGGCAAGGGGCUUGGGGAGAAGCCUACUGGUAUGUUUACCCCUGAAAAAAAUAAAAAUUGGAAGGAUUGUUUAUUGAUGUGUGUGGUGUGUGGAAAUAGUCACCCUCUCCCUCUCCGACGCCGACUUUGGCGCUCUUGUCGCCGGCAAGGCCAAUGCGCAGAGACUGUUCAUGUCUGGCAAGCUCAAGAUCAAGGGAGAUGUCAUGAAGGCUACCAAGCUGGAUCCUAUUCUUAA